GGGACCGGCCCCGGGGGGGGGUCUGACCGGCUCCGUUCUCCCCCGCAGUCCUCCAAACCCAUCAUGGAGAAACGGCGCCGGGCGCGGAUCAACGAGAGCCUGGGGCAGCUGAAGACCCUCAUCCUGGACGCGCUGAAGAAGGAUAGCUCCCGGCACUCCAAGCUGGAGAAGGCGGACAUCCUGGAGAUGACCGUCAAGCACCUGCGGAACCUGCAGCGGGCGCAGAUGACGGCCGCCCUCAGCGCCGACCCCACCGUCCUGGGCAAGUACCGGGCAGGAUUCAACGAGUGCAUGAACGAGGUGACGCGGUUCCUCUCCACCUGCGAAGGGGUCAACACCGACGUCCGUACCCGCCUCCUCAGCCACCUCUCGGCUUGCUUGGGCCAGAUCGUGGCCAUGAACUACCCACCACCACCUCCACCACCACCUCCACCAUCCGGCCAGCCCGCACAUCUGGCGCAACAACCUCUGCACGUCCAGCUGCCCCCCGCCGCCGCGGCCGUGCCCGUACCCUGCAAACUCAACCCCGCCGAAGCCCUGUCCCCCAAAGUCUACGGUGGUUUCCAGCUCGUCCCAGCCACCGACGGCCAGUUUGCUUUUCUCAUCCCCAACCCGGCUUUUCCUCCCGGUUCCGGACCCGUUAUUCCCCUCUACGCCAACGCCAACGUCCCGGUGUCCACCACCACCAGCAGUGGUGGCACCGGGAAUGCCACCACCGCCACCCCAUCGGCAUCCCCGGUGCAGGGGUUGACAUCAUUUGGGGGCAGCAUUGUUCCAGCCUCCCAGGCGGGAAGUCCCAUCGCAGAGCGCAGUGAAUCCGUGUGGAGGCCUUGGUGACUUGCCUAAAAAUUAUUCCUUUCCCCCCCUGCCCCAACACACACACCCUCACCCCAAAAAAAAACCCAGCCCUCUUCUGUUGGCUCCGUUGUAUGGAGCCCUGUUCUGUUUGGGGGUGUUCUUUUUUGUUUUUUUUUUUUAAAGCAGAUUUAAACAGAAAAGGAGAAAAGGACCUCGCUAUGAACGCGCUAUUUAUUAUUUUCAGAGGUUGGGAGCUCGACUUGUAUUUUUACUCCUUUAAAAAUGCCUUUAUUUGAGAUACCUUUUUUUAAGAAAAAACAAAAAAUAAAUGAGAAAUAGUUUUGUAACAAAUAUUCAAAAAGUAUAAUGCCAAAGUUGUUUGUAUCCUGUUUGUCUGUGUGUGUGUGCGUGCCUGUGUUGGAAGACUUCUGAAAAAAAAAAAAAGAAAAAAAAUUGCAGGUGUUUAAAUAAAUAAACUCUUUGAAAUAGA